GCCAAACUGUCCGCUGGUAAAGAGAGAGUUCUAUAACCAGUACAGGGUGCGGGAGUUCCAGUUUUCCACACUCUCAGUACGAGAUUGUGUAUUAUCGCUGGAUGAGCGGCAUGCCAAAAACAUAAGAAAGAGCUCUAAAGCGAGGAAGAGAGUUGGUCUAUUUUGGUAAAUCCCCCUUCACUACUCGAACUACACAUGUGGCCAAGGCCAAGGCGAUAUGAUAUGUCAAAGGCGGGGGGGCCAAAUUUCAAGUACGAAAAAAAAACCUGGAUGGAAACAAAUCACGAUCGUUUUCAAUGGCGAUACUGCCGCAGUUAUAAACAAAGAGAUAUCAUUACUGGACACCGAUAGGGCGAUUACUGCACGGAGUAUAGCUUUCUUCAAUAUAAGAAUCCGUAGCAAGACAGUGAACCAAUAGGAUUUAUUAUCACGAUUAUAUCAACCGAUUCUACAAAAAACUUCCUUGAUUCACGAGUCAUUUUCAAAAAUCCGAUUUGUUUUUGGUUCGAAAAAGUAUGUUUGGCAAAUGAGGGACAAAAUUAAACAAAAACUUCGUUUGGAUCAUAAAGUUAUUGUACCAUGGAGAACGUGCAGUCUCAGGAUGUCCAAACGAUAAGACCCCUCUCCCCCCCUGCGAUGAGGGUGAUCCGCUUGGACCUCAACGAAGAGGAGAGUCGUCGCGAAAUUGCGGAAAGUAAAUAUGGAGGAAUCUGCUUUCACGUUGGCAUAGCGGCUAUGCUGUGCUUUAUGGUGUUGGUGCUCAUUUGUUCGGUUCCCCUUGGUGAAAUCCAGUCCAAUCGUACGGCCGAGGAGGAACACGCCCACCAAAGGCAAAUUUACGUAGACAUGGAGCGACGGAAAAGACUUGGAAGUGGAAUAAUCUUGAAUCCGUUGGAGGAAGAGGCCAAUGAUCGACUGAUGGCUGUCAAGCAGGUGGAUGAGGAGGUUCACAAUCUUUGGCGGAAUUAUCACUCCCAACCACCGCCUUUUCUCAGGCAUCUCAAUAUCACUGAUACAGAUCUCUAUGCGGCUCUAAAAAGCAUGCCCAAGGGCGGACUCCUCCAUGUCCACGAUUCAGGAAUGCUAAAAAUGGAGAUCCUUAUCGAACUGACCUAUCGCGAAAAUCUGUGGGUCUGCGUGAACAUAGAUCAGGGCUUCGAAGACUUCCGGUUCUCCAAAUUUUUUCCGCUCAUCCCGCCAGCGGAGGAUUACCAAUGCAACUGGAUGUUGAUGAGCAACUUCUUUGAGUUCGAGUCUCGGACCGGAUUCGAGAACAGGUUGCGGGAAAGUCUUUCUGUCCGGCCGGAGGGAUAUGAAACUUCAUCUAAACUCGCAAGGCACUUAAGACGUCACCAACGACUCAUCCACGGAUUGAUCACGUUCCGGCCGAUCUGGAGAGAUUUCAUAUACAGCAUGUUAAACGACUUCUACACCGACGGGGUGCAAUAUGUUGAGCUGCGAUCCUCGUUGCCAAUCAUGUACGAUCUGGAAGGAGAAAACUUUACCAUUUUUGAAACGGCAGAUGCCAUAGUUUCGGUUUCGAAUAUUUUCAAGAGCACCUUCAAAGAUUUUAUCGGAAUCAAGCUGAUCUAUUCUCCUUCUAGGGACGUUAAUGACAGUCGCAUGGAUGAGUAUUUAAUAAAUGCCCGCCUUUUAAAGUUACGUUUUCCCGAUUUCUUUGCUGGCUUCGACUUGAACACCUUUGCUGACGAGUGCAAUUUGCCCCUCUUGGGCCAUUCAACUCAACUAUUGAAGAUCGGCAAGGACAUUGACUUUUAUUUCCAUGCGGGUGAAUCGCGGUGUCCGGACAGCUCACGACCGGAUAUGAAUCUAAUAGAUGCCCUAUUGAUGGGAAGUAAACGGGUCGGAAACUCUGUGAAUCUACCCUUCCAUCCUGAGAUUAUGAAGGCCAUGAAAAAACUUAAAAUAGCCGUCGAGAUCUGUCCAUUAUCCAAUCACCAUUUGCAGUACUUUAAUGAUUUCCGGCAACAUCCGGCUGCGUAUUUGAUUGCCGCCGGAUUCCCCAUUGUGAUUGGAUCGGAUUAUCCGUGUUUCUGGAAUGCCUCCCCUCUGACCGAUGACUUCUAUGUGGCCUUCGUGGGCGUAGUCAGUGGGUCGGGCAAUCUGCGGCUGCUCAAGCAGUUCGCAUUGAAUUCGUUUCUGUACAGUUCCCUCAGCGAAGUGGAGAGGAAUGUGGCCGUAUCCAAGUGGCGUUGUAACUGGAACCGGUGGGUCACCAACUUCGUCAACAGUAGUGGGUACCAAUAAGUCAUGUUUGUCCAACGAAGAACAUUUUUUUAGAAAUUUAAACUUCAAUAAAGUUUAAAAAAAGUUUUGACCAAA